UUUAGAGAAGGGGGCGGGGCCCAUUUGGUUUCUCGCGCACCGCAAUGUCCUUCUAUUGCAGCUACCGCGCGUAAGGGUUCCAGCUGCUAUACAGAGUACCGACUGAGCGGCGAGCGCAAGUGAACUCGGCCAGACAGGCAUAGACAGUUCUGACUCCCACUAUUCCCUAUGCGCGGGUGCACGUUAGCCAGUGAACACACGUACUUCAGUCGGUCUCGCCUCUCUUCUCCGGGCAGAACCUGAGCAAGGCUCUCCUUUCCCUUCGUCUCCUUGCGUGUGCAAGAAGGGUAAGCGGCAGGCCGGCUGCCUAGCUAGCUUUCACCCCCUCUCUCCUUUUUCAUGCGCGCUCUCCGAUUGGACAAUUGUUUUUCUUCUCCGUCCCCCUUCUGCCGUCGUCCCGCUUGUAUUCACCUGAUUGGUUGAUGCGCACGCGCGGGCUCCGUUCACUCUCUCCCCCUUCCCCUCAGGGGUAGGGGUUGGAGUAGCUCCUGGCGGAGGGCCGCCAGUCGCCUGUCAUCGCUUGAGGGGUUCGCACCUCACUGUGGCCGUUGACCGCCGUCGCGAUGAAGCUGCUCUGUUUAUGUUGGCCGUGGUAGUGGUGAUCUCCCUUGACUGGAAUAUGGCCGCACCGCUACCCGCGGCUGCUGCCUGGCUCUUGGCGGGGCCGGGGGGAGGCGGCGAGAGGGAGACGCGGGUCCUGCUACGGUCUCCGCUGCUACUGCCGCUGCUGCUGGGUAUCCUCCUCAGCCGGUGCCUGGGAGAGCAGCCCCCGCGCGCCGCCUCCUCCUCCUCCUCCUCCUUGUUGCCCGGCGCGUCCGACUCUGAGGAGACGGUGAUCAUCGGACUGCGGCUGGAGGACACGAAUGACGUGUCGUUCAUGGAGAAGGGUGUGCUACGAGUGAGCGAGAGGAGUCGUGUCAAGCUGCGGGUCUACGGGCAGAAUAUCAAUAAUGAGACCUGGUCCCGCAUCGCCUUUACCGAGCAUGACCGGUGGAGGGAUGGAGAAGGCAGGCGCCCGCCGGCUGAGCAAGAGGAUGGCCCGGCUCCCGUUGGGUCUUCGUCGCCGGCUCCGCAACGCUGCGGCAUCCGCACCUCGGACAUCAUAAUCCUGCCGCACAUCUCCCUCAACCGCCGCACGUCGGGUGUCAUUGAGAUUGAUAUCAAGCCAUUGCGGAAAACUGAGAAAAGCAAGUCUUACUACCUAUGCACCUCCGUGUCUUCCCCAGCUAUCUUGGGGGGGGCAGGGAGUUCCACCGGGGGCAGCAGUGGAGGAGGGAGCAUUAUUGGCCCUGAUGGUGGACCGUGGACUGAGACCACUUGGAUCUACCAUGAUGGUGAGGAUACUAGGAUGAUUGUGGGGGAGGAGAAGAAGUUCUUGUUACCCUUCUGGCUUCAGGUGAUCUUCAUCUCACUCUUACUGUGCCUCUCUGGCAUGUUCAGUGGACUCAACCUGGGACUUAUGGCCCUUGACCCAAUGGAGUUGCGGAUUGUGCAGAACUGUGGGACAGAAAAAGAGAAGAACUAUGCCAAGCGUAUUGAGCCUGUGCGCCGCCAGGGCAAUUACUUAUUGUGCUCCCUACUCUUGGGCAAUGUGUUGGUCAACACCACUCUUACUAUCCUGCUUGAUGACAUCGCUGGUUCUGGACUGGUGGCUGUGGUAGUCUCCACCAUUGGUAUCGUCAUCUUUGGUGAAAUCGUGCCGCAAGCUAUUUGUUCCCGGCACGGCCUUGCUGUAGGUGCCAACACCAUCUUCCUUACCAAGUUUUUCAUGAUGAUGACCUUUCCGGCCUCUUACCCGGUCAGCAAGCUCCUAGACUGUGUCUUAGGGCAGGAGAUUGGUACUGUCUACAACCGUGAGAAACUGCUUGAGAUGUUAAGGGUUACAGAUCCAUACAAUGACCUGGUCAAGGAGGAGCUGAAUAUAAUUCAAGGAGCACUGGAACUGCGCACAAAGACAGUGGAGGAUGUAAUGACUCCGCUUCGGGACUGCUUCAUGAUUACUGCUGAGGCUGUGCUUGACUUCAACACCAUGUCUGAAAUCAUGGAAAGUGGUUAUACCCGUAUCCCUGUCUUUGAAGGAGACCGCUCCAACAUUGUGGACCUCCUGUUUGUCAAGGACUUGGCCUUUGUGGAUCCUGAUGACUGCACCCCACUCAAGACCAUCACCCGUUUCUAUAACCACCCGCUGCACUUUGUCUUCAAUGACACCAAGCUAGAUGCCAUGCUUGAGGAAUUCAAAAAAGGUAAAUCUCACUUGGCAAUAGUGCAGCGGGUGAACAAUGAAGGGGAAGGGGAUCCUUUUUAUGAAGUCUUGGGCAUUGUUACCUUGGAAGAUGUAAUUGAAGAGAUCAUCAAGUCUGAGAUUCUAGAUGAAACAGAUCUGUACACUGAUAACAAGACCAAAAAGAAAGUAGCCCAUCGGGAAAGAAAGCAGGACUUCUCUGCUUUCAAACAGACAGACAGCGAAAUGAAGGUUAAAAUCUCACCACAGUUACUGUUGGCAAUGCACCGUUUCCUAGCAACAGAGGUUGAAGCAUUUGGCCCGUCCCAGAUGUCUGAAAAGAUUCUCCUAAGGCUACUAAAGCAUCCCAAUGUGAUUCAGGAGAUGAAGUAUGAUGAGAAGAACAAGAAAGCACCUGAAUACUACCUCUAUCAGCGAAACAAGCCUGUUGAUUACUUCGUUCUAAUUUUACAGGGGAAAGUAGAAGUGGAGGCUGGGAAAGAGGGAAUGAAGUUUGAAGCUGGUGCUUUCUCUUACUAUGGAGUGAUGGCUCUCACAGCAUCUCCAGUUCCCUUGUCCCUGUCUCGUACCUUUGUUGUCAGCAGAACAGAAUUAUUAGCAGCAGGUACUCCAGCUGAAAAUAAGUCACCACCUCAUCCUUGUGGCUUGAAUCAUUCAGACUCUCUUAAUAGAGGGGAUCGCAUUGAUGCAGUGACACCAACAAUAGGAAAUAGCAACAACCAGUUGAACUCAUUUGUUCAAGUGUAUGUUCCAGACUACUCAGUGAGAGCAAUCUCAGACAUUCAAUAUGUCAAGAUCUCAAGGCAGCAGUACCAAAAUGCCCUAAUGGCAUCCCGGAUGGAUAAAACACCUCAGUCCUCAGACAGUGAAACCACUAAAAUAGAACUGACUCUUACAGAACUGCAUGAUGGUUUGCCGGAUGAGACGGCAAAUCUUCUGAAUGAACAGAACUGUGUAACUCACAACAAGUCCAACCACAGUAUGCACAGUGAAGGCACCAUCUAGGAGCUGACACACAGCAUUUUCUUCUUCCUCUGCCCUCCAUCCUAGCCCCCCUAUUCAUCAGGACCAGUCCUCAUCCUUUCCCCUUGUCUUCUACUUGACUGCAAACGCCAUUAGUAUGUGCUUAUGAAGCUUUGCUGCAUCCAUGCUCUGAGACCAAAGACUUUAUGCUGAUCCUGAGAGCAGAAAGAAGAAACAAGAAGAACAAGGAGCUCAGAGUGAAAAAUGGAUGCAGAAGAGGGAAGCAACCAAUACCUAAGCAAAACUUGGGAAUGGUGAGCCACCCUUUUGGAGUGAAUGGCAAAAUUCUUCCUAAUGGAACAGAAUCACGUUUAUUUUUCCAGCUGUAUUGACGAUUCUUCUAAAUGUAUGCAAAAAAAGUUUAAACCUUAAGCCAUGGUUUAUUUUUUCAAAAAAAAAGAUCAUGGAUGUUUUGUGUUUUCAAAGAAGUAUUUUGCAGUUUUUAAUGUUGCAGGACCUUCCCAGUUUAGCUCUUUUGUAUUGCCUGUGACUUUGCCCCAGUGCUCCCAUUUUUCCCAUAUUGUUCUGUUUUCCCCUUGUUGAAAUGGCGAACUGGUACUAGAAUGUAUUUGUUUUGUAAAGAACAAAGAAUGAAUGAAACUUUAAGAA